UGGCGGGGAUGUUGUUGUUGUUAUUAGCACAGUCAACCAUGCCGUCAACAUGUAACGGAGCCUUCUGCUUGUGAUGUGAAGUUGGACAGGGGAUGUUCUGAUAGCGAAGAUAAUGGCGUCGCUUAUCAACAAUGAGCAAGUAUGGUAUUUAGCCGGCUAAUGCUAACUACAGAUAGCCACAUUGUGUUCUGUUUAGCAACGUCAGGGGUCCCUUCUGUUAGCUGCAAUAUUUUAUCACCGAGAUCAAUUAAUGCAAUACUUGUGUAGAUUCACUGAAGCAACCUUAGCUUUACCCACAAUUUAGCACACACAUGCCUGUCGAAAAAUACCCAAAUAGCAGUUACCAUUUGGACACCGGUUAUCGUCCGUCUCGUGUUAUCUCACCUGUUGCACUGGUAGUUGUUGGAUAUCCAGCAAACUGUAGACAAUGUCAGUCAACGGGAAAGUCAUCCCGCACACCCCGCUGGCCGUGGACUUCUGGCAGGUGCGGAAGUGUCCAGGCACACGGCUGUUUUUCCUGUCCCACAUGCACAGUGACCACACGGUGGGUCUGACUUCUACCUGGAGCAACCGGCCCAUCUACUGCUCACCGACCACCGCCACUCUGCUGAGACUCAAGCUGCAGGUGAAAGAAAAGUGGAUCCACCCAUUAGAGCUGGAUGAGCCAUACCUGUUGCCAAUGGAUGACAUCGGCAAGGAGAAGCUGACCGUCACACUGAUAGAAGCCAACCACUGUCCAGGCUCUGUCAUGUUUCUCUUCGAAGGCUACUUUGGCUCUAUACUGUACACUGGUGACUUCAGAUACACUCCCUCCAUGUUGCUUGAGCCAUGCUUGAGGACCCACACCACUAUAGAUGUCCUGUACAUGGACAACACCAACUGUGACCCCAACCACACCCUUCCCUCCAGACAGCAAGCCACUCAACAAAUCAAAGAGAUCAUCCGCAGACACCCAAACCACAAUGUUGUCAUAGGCCUGUAUGCACUGGGCAAGGAGUCUUUGCUAGUGGAGCUGGCAAUGGAGUUUAAAACCUGGGUUGAGGUGAGCUUUGAGAGAAUGCAGACCCUCAAAGCCCUUGAGCUGCCUGACGUCUUCACAACAGAACCAGGUGCCGGUCGUAUCCGAGUUGUGGAGCAGUCGAAGAUCUGCUCUGCCAAUGUACACAAGUGGGACAAAGAACAACCCACUCUGGCCAUCUUGCCCACCAGCAGGCCCCUGGUGUCCUUUCACCCAAAUGUCCAUGUGGUUCCCUACUCCGACCACUCCUCUUACCAAGAGCUGGAGGACUUUGUCUCUGCACUUAAACCUACCUCCCUUGUACCCAUUGUAGGAAACCAUGUACCUGCUAGCUUCUCUGCCUUACUGCCCCACAGAAAACGCCAUGAAAUCCUGGUGCCUGAGUGUGUCCGACACUACAUGUUGAGUCAGCCUGAGAGCCAACUCAGCUCCUCCGCAAACACCAGCCCCCGCCGCAGACAUUUCCAGCCUCUUUUACCCAAAGGGGUGUUGUUUGAUUCUCCUGUACGUGGAGCUGGGAAGUCAGGCGAAGAAGCCACGGAGCCAGAUGCUUCUGAGGAAGAGAUGGACGCAGAGGUUAGUGAAAAUGACUCUGACUGCAUUCUUGUUGACCCGAGCAAGUACCACACCCCUAAGAAAAACAGAGGAGGGACUGGAGACAUGUGCCUCAACAUCGUCAAGACCACAAGAACGCCUUUUGAGACUAAUGCCAAAAUAAUCAGUGAGACUGUAUCAAAUGACAUACACAGUAGUCCACAUAUGAGACAUAGCAACGUUCAGAACAACGACACACUGUCAGCAGAUGAGAGCAUGAGUCUGCUCAGUGGACAAAGAAUUGAACAGGACUGCGACAAUGAGUCAGAUGACCAAAUGAACAACAGCGUGGCAACAUUGCAGAGCCGCCUGGGUAAAGAUUGCAUCUCAUCGUCUAGCUCCUCGGCUGUGCUGAAGCAGAACUAUAUUGAAGAGAUUGAAAACAGUCUAUUAAAGAAUCUCCCUUUCACUGAGGGAGACUUUAAGAUGUGUGGCCUCUUGCAGCAGAGCUUUGUGAAAAGGUAUUCUCUCUUGCCCUUAUGUCAUGUUAGUGAUGAUGACCUUUCAGACAAAUAAUGUGACAUGACAUAUUAGUGCUGCUUUAGAGAUUGUUGUCUUGUGUGUAUGUAAAGAUAAGCACUUUAAAGCCAACAUAAUAUAAAUCAUUGGUACCUUUUAAUGUAUGUAAUAUAUCUUGUGGUACCUCAUUUUUGUUUGUGCAGCCUGAAGUUACAACACCUGUGAAGUGACUGACUGACUUUUGCCUUCAACUUUUAUUACAGUAUUUUGGCCUCCUGUCCAUGUUUGCAAGUGCAGCUUCCUAAAAUCUAGUUUCUCAUUGAAAGUCCCUAUUACUCUUGUUCUGAAACAACAAAUUGGUGGCUGAUCCACAGCUCAGAAUAGUCUGUAAUUCAUAUUAUGAAACUCGUGUUUUUACAACUAGAGUAAUUACUUUUCUUUUUUGCCUUGAAAACAAACUGUAUUGGAACAUUGGUUGCUAACAAAAACAAAAGAGCAGCUAAAGACAUACAGAGUCAGUGCCACUUAGAGCCACUUUGUUCCAGUGGAGAUCCAGACAUGAUGUUGUACACCAAAAGAUGGCCUUCUGAAACUAAUGCCAAAAUAAAGGAGGAGACUGCUUCAAAUGAAUGUUGCAGCAGCCUUUGAACCAUUGUCUAUCUGAUACAGGACUGUGACACAGUGUUAGAUGAGUGAACAACAGCAUGACAACAUUGCAUUAGCCUCGGUAAAUCCAACUUUCUUUUUUCCAUUGUUUUAUUUCUUAUUAUAAUCAUAUCAUUGUUGUUCUUCCAUUUUGUAUGGGUUGCCUUGAGUUCUGUGGUUAAAGUCUCAUUAGAAGCCUAUCCCUCAUGAUGUAUUUCAAUAAAAACUAAUAGAUGGAUAGUGCACAAUUCAGUAAGGGAUGUUUGUAUUUCUUGUCUGCAGACGCCGGCUGGUCACUUUUUCUUUGUGCUUGAAUCUUGUGCAAUUGAAAAAUGUCAGAUGUUAUCGUUCCGCUGUGUGUGAGUAAUAGCCCUUUGUUAUUUAAAUGUUAAGAAAAGUCCAGGACUGGUGUUGUGUCUUUCUCUGAGAAUCAAUGGUUAAACAUCCACAGUGGUUAUGGUAUCCUCUGUAUUUUGGGGGCAGUUUUGACUCCAGAGGAACCUAAUGAUGAAUAAACGGUCUGCCUUUGUUUAUAAUUGUCUGAAUAUUUGAAGUGUGAAAAGAUAUAGUUCAAAAAUAAAGUAAUGGUUUCCUAAAUAUCUUCAAG